UUUUCUCUCUUUUCUUGGUUAGCAUUUUCUCUCUCUACAGGUCCAUAACGGGUGGUGUGUAAAUAUGUGUAUGAGUUUCUCUAUCUCUCUCUCUCUCUGCCAAAAAGUUGGAUUCGAUUGAGAAAUGCUGAUUGUUUUCCAUUGAUCGAAUAAGGCAUCGCUUCCAAGGCAAGCAAAAAAAGCUCAGCUAUCUCUCUCUCUUCUUUCACUUUCUCUCACUGACUCACUUGCAGCAGCUUAUCUCAGAUCCGUCUCUCUGCGCCUUCAGAGACGAUCUCUGUGAUAUAAAGCUCGCUUUCUCUCGACUUUUCUCCGUUUGGUGCAUGCAAUUCGCAAUGCUCGUCUGAUUGCGUUUACAGGGGAUUGACUUCCAGUGGUAAUGGCGUCAAAAUAUGGAUCAAAAUCAAAAAAAUUAGGUUCGAGCAGUUCAAAGGCUGCUAAUUCCCCUGCAUCUUCGACUACAACUUCUUCAAAACAAUAUUUGGAAACAUCUAUUGAAUGCCAGAGUUCUCCUGCGUCUUCUUCAGCUCGAAGUAAGCCACAGUACUUGUACGUGGAAAGUUUACCGCAAGAUGUGGAAAAAUCCAAAGAAAACGUCACUGUGACGGUCCGCUUUCGUCCACUCAGCCCAAGGGAAAUUCGCCAAGGAGAAGAAAUUGCAUGGUAUGCAGAUGGCGACACCAUUUUGCGAAAUGAGCAUAAUCCAUCAAUAGCUUAUGCAUAUGAUCGGGUAUUCGGCCCUACAACCACAACGCGUCAUGUCUAUGAUGUUGCUGCUCAGCAUGUUAUAAGUGGUGCUAUGGAAGGCGUCAAUGGUACAAUAUUUGCGUAUGGGGUGACCAGCAGCGGGAAGACUCACACUAUGCAUGGUGAUCAAAGGUCGCCUGGAAUUAUACCACUGGCUGUGAAGGAUGCUUUUAGCAUCAUCCAAGAGACUCCAAAUCGGGAGUAUCUUCUUCGUGUGUCAUACUUGGAAAUCUAUAAUGAGGUUGUAAAUGACUUGUUGAAUCCAGCAGGACAGAAUUUACGAAUUAGAGAAGAUGCCCAGGGCACCUUUGUUGAAGGAAUAAAGGAAGAAGUUGUACUGUCCCCAGCUCACGCCCUUUCACUUAUAGCAGCUGGAGAAGAGCACAGGCAUGUUGGCUCAACAAAUUUCAAUCUAUUCAGUAGCAGGAGCCACACGAUAUUUACGCUGACAAUAGAAAGUAGUCCAUGUGGGGAAAAUUGUGAAGGUGAAGCUGUAAGUCUGUCACAAUUGAACCUCAUCGAUCUGGCAGGUUCUGAGAGCUCGAAAGCUGAAACUACUGGUGUCAGACGGAAAGAAGGAUCCUAUAUUAAUAAAAGUUUGCUAACUCUAGGAACUGUUAUAUCAAAGUUGACCGAUAUGAGGGCUACUCAUAUACCAUACAGGGAUUCUAAAUUGACGAGACUUCUUCAAUCUUCUCUAAGUGGACAUGGGCGUGUAUCUCUCAUCUGCACUGUUACUCCUUCAUCAAGCAGUUCCGAAGAGACACAUAAUACAUUGAAAUUUGCACAUCGGGCAAAACACAUAGAAAUUCAAGCAGCACAAAACAAGAUUAUUGAUGAGAAGUCGCUCAUUAAGAAAUAUCAAAAUGAGAUACGUAGUUUAAAGGAAGAGUUAGAAGAGUUGAAGAGGGGUAUAGUCACAAUUCCUCAACUAAAAGAUGCUGGGGAAGAUGAUAUUCUGCUACUUAAACAAAAGUUAGAAGAUGGCAAAUACAAACUGCAAUCAAGAUUGGAACAAGAAGAAGAAGCCAAAGCUGCUUUGUUGGGAAGAAUCCAAAGGCUGACAAAAUUGAUUUUGGUCUCAACAAAAGGAACACAAUCAUCAAGGUUUUCUCACCGACCUGAUGUUAGAAGAAGACAUUCCUUUGGUGAAGAGGAGCUUGCAUACCUACCAUACAAAAGGCGGGACUUGAUUUUGGAUGAUGAAAGCGUUGAAUUGUUUGUUCCUCCUCUUGAGGGGAGUACUGAAAUGACUGAUGACACACUGAAGGGGGAGAAGAAGACUCGGAAGCAUGGACUUCUAAACUGGUUAAAGAUACGGAAACGUGAUAGUGGUACAGGGACGUUGACAAGCACAAGUGAUAGAUCCAGUGGAAUAAAAUCUACUAGUACACCUUCAACACCUCAAGCAGAAAGUGGUAAUUUUCAUGUAGAAUCCAGACUUUCACAUUCAGCUCUUACAGAAAACUCUCCAUCGGCUGAUCUUUUGUCUGAGGCUAGAGAGGACAGAGAAGUUCGUCAGGAAAAUUUCCUGGGACGAGAGGCACCUCUGACUAGCAUGAAGUCAAUUGAUCGGAUCGAUCUUUUAAGGGAGCAGCGAAAAAUCUUGUCUGAUGAGGUAGCACUCCGUUCAAGUGCUCUGAAGCGGUUGUCCGAGGAGGCUUCAAGACACUCCGAGAAGGAUGAAAUUAAGAUGGAGAUGCGAAAGUUCAAAGAUGAAAUCAAGGUGAAGAAUGAACAAAUAGCUUUGGUGGAAAAGAAAAUUGCAGAGUCCUUUUCACACAACAAAAUGAGUCAACUGGAACCAUCCCAAUCUAUUGCUGAAGUGAUGGAGCAAUUGAAUGAGAAGUCCUUUGAACUUGAGGUUAAAGCUGCUGAUAAUCGUAUCAUCCAAGAACAGCUGGAACAAAAGAUUGGUGAAUGCAAAGGAUUGCAGGAAACAGUUGCCUCCUUGAAGCAGCAGCUUUCUGACGCACUAGAGUUUAGAAAUUUGAGCCCAGUAGUCACUUCUCGAACUGGUUCAAAAAAUUUGCAUGAGGAACUGGGCACAGAGAAAGAUAAUGUGAUGUUGAAUGACAAAAAUGAAGUUUUCCUCCUACUGAAGCAGGUUGAAGAACUGAAGCAGAAGGUGGCUGAACUGACGGAGUCAAAGGAACAGUUAGAAGUUCGGAACAAGAAAUUGGUGGAGGAGAGCUCGUACGCCAAAAGUCUAGCCUCAGCUGCUGCUGUUGAGCUCAAGGCAUUAUCAGAAGAAGUUUCCAAACUCAUGAACCAAAAUGAAAAACAAGCUGCUGAGCUAGCCGCAUCUAAGAGCUCUCCAACUCUGCGUCGAAAUAGUAGCACAAUCCGAAAUGGUCGGAGAGAUAGUCACAUCAAACAGGACCAAAGCGGGCUUAUCUCAGAAAUGAAGAGAGAACUGGCAGUGAGCAAGGAGAGAGAGCAUUCAUACGAGGCUGCUCUUACGGAGAAGGAUAAAAGAGAGGCUGAUCUUCAAAGAAGGGUUGAGGAAUCCAAGCAAAGAGAAGCAUACCUGGAAAAUGAACUCGCCAACAUGUGGGUUCUCGUGGCGAAAUUAAAAAAAUCCCACGGAACUGAAACUGAUUCUUCGGACUCAACAAAAGAGACCCGACAAACUGAUGGUUAUGGGGGAUGGUAGCGUGACGAGUGUUCAAGAUGAUCCGGCAAGAUUGAGCUUUCGAUGAAAUUGGUUUGAGAGAGAGCUGUAAAAAUGUGUGUUUUGUAUGGUAAGGGCUUAUUGUAUGUGUAUAAUACAAGUUAGGGUUUUUUUGUCUUCUUUUUGGGGUUUCUUGACAAGGGGGUUAUUGUUUGUUCGUAACGAUUUAGGGCUUCUUUUCGAGUACACAGUGCCGAUUCAAAUGUAUUCCACAAAUACACAAUCUGGGGUUCUCUAUUUUUCACAGGUUAGUAUUUGUUGAUGCAUUAUAUUGAAAUAUAAUAAUAUUAGUUUAA